AGAGCGCUUUUUUUAGCUGCGAGAGUAUUUCGGUAGGCAACUCAUUCGUUAAGCCGCGCCUUUGACACGUUAUUAUUAUUAUUAUUGUUUAUUGUAACAGUACUUCUGGUAUUACUGCAGAGAGAAGCGUCGUGGGAGGUAUCCGUUUCGCUUUAGCGUCAAGCUUACGUGUGUGUGUGUGUCGUUGUCGCUGUCUCAGUAACACGUACUCAGAAUGGGGCAGUAUCAAAGCACGCCGACAUUCAAGGCUGGUGCGCAGCCGCAGUCGGAACGUUGUCUGGAGUCAUUCCGUGCGGCGCAGCUCGAUCAACUCCGCGCUCAACUCGCCCACCUCGCCGACGCCCUCGCGCUGAUUGAAGCGUCACACGCGGACGGCAACGACAGCACCUGUGAGUGCUCAAGUCCUGCGAACCGGUCCAUCUCAACGCAGGCGACGUGCCCGCCGUCGUCCGUGUCAACCACUGCGUUCCUCCUACAGCCUUUCGCCCAGGUGCACCUCGCCGGCUACAAGCUCGGCGACGAUGCACUCACGCAGCCUUUCCAGCUGUCACUCGAGCAGCCGCCCGCCAGCGCGCUCGCGUUUCUCGGACGGGACACGGCGCUGUCGGUGCUGGAUCUGAGUUACAACAAUCUCACCUCAACUGUGGUGGAGCCGCUGUUGCGCGCCGUGGCGGAGCUGCCGAUGCUGACGGUGCUGCGACUCAGCGGAAACGCACUAGGAUCUGCCGUCAAGCUGCCGGGUGCGGCGUCGCCAACUGAGCCAAAGGAAGAGCCCAACAAUGAUGAUGAUGAUACGCUCUGCCUUGUCGGAGGAGCGUCGUCUGAUGAGGCGUGGGCCGCUUCGCCGACACCCGCCGCGCAGCUCGGCCGCUGGCUGGCGACCAACCCACCUCUGCGGGAGCUCUUCCUCCACCAAUGUGAAUUCAGAGAUCACGAUGUGCACGCGGUGUUGCGCGGUCUGAUUCCCCACCCCGACAGCACCACGUCCUCGUCCCUUACAACGCUGCAGCUGGCGGGCAACCCCGCGUGCACGUGGCGCAGCGCUCGAAUGGUGCUGCAGCUCGUGCGCAACUUAGGGAACACGACGCUGCGUGCGGUAGAGCUGGAGGGCGCGCCGGCGGACACGGCGGUGCGAUUUGAGUACGCGUGCGCCGCGGACGGCCACUUCCGCUCCGGCAAGACACUGAUUGCCCAAGUAGACGGAGGGGAGGGUGAGGCGGCGGUUGGUGCCACUGAUGCCGCGGCGGCGGCUGUCGUGGUGUCGGAGACGACGCUGCAUGAGCUGACGCCCGGACAGUCGGCACGCUUUCGCAGCCGUCGGCGGCACCUGCGCGAGGAGCUGGACGGCACGCACGUGAUGCUGCCGGCUUUGAUUCAUGAAAUCGAUGCCAUUCUCUCCGUUCGUCGCGCAGCAGCAGCGACAGAAGCAGCAGCAGCAGCAGCGGCCGAAGUAAUCGUCAAAGAUGCCUUGGUUGAGGCCGCACCGCAGGAGCUGCAGCCGCCGACGGAUGCAGCAGUCGAGAUGGAAAAUGGCGGUGAUGGGGGCAGUCUGCGCGAAGUAGCUGUCGACGCGGCGGCGGAGGACGCCGACGCACACGCAGCCGACGACUCACCGCACACGGUGGCGGAGGAUGGUGAUGAUGGAGACCGCGAUGCUUUCCUUCCCAACGCAGCAGCAGAAGCCGCGAUGGAGAAGCCGCCCUUCUCGCCCCCCACGAGGCCGCCCCGUUUCCUCACGUGCUCGCACAUGCGCAAGUCGCUGCAGGUGCGCCGCGAGGCACGCUUUGAGACGCCGCAGCGCAUCGCACGCGUGAUGGCCGAGGCAGAGGCCUUCCGACACCGCAUUCACCCGCUGCAGGUGGACACGCGCGCCCCGCCGUGCGUCGACGUGCACGCCCGCAGUACCUCAAGCCAAUUCGGAAGCGAGAGCGCCGCGGCGCCGUGGUACGCCAAGGAGGGCUUCGUGAUGCGGUCUAAUGGGCUGUCCAACGUGCUGGUGGCCCCGGUGUUGUCUGGGGCCGCCUCUGCGCGGCGGAAUGUGCUGCUGGAGGAGAUGGAGGAUGCGCCGCUGCAGGCGUGUUGGUGUACCCCGCGCAACGCGACGAGCGCGGCGAACUACGCGGGCAUCUUACACUACCACUGCGUGCUGGAGGGGGAGGCGGUUCGCCACCGAGGCGGAACGGCGACGACGGCGAGCACACGAAAAGGGCAGAGCCAGAAGAAAGACGGCGCCUCCAAAGCAACAGGAGUAACAGGUGCUGGAGCGACAGGAGCGGGCUCGAUGCAGCUGCCACCUCUCGUGUCCGCGGAGUCACCGGCUGCUGGUGCUGGUGCUGCUGCUGCUGCUGCGGCGGUGGGUGUGGAGUCACCCAUUAUCGACGGUGGCGUGCGCACCUACCUUGGGUGCUGCGGCACCGGCCACGUCUGCCUCUCCGCCUCAGCCUCCGCUAUGCGUGGACCACAGCGCGCGCAGCGGAUGCGCACCAUGUUGCUGACGCAGUCCGCCAAACGAUUGCCGUCGUCAUCAUCGUCGUCGGCGGCGGCGGUGCGUCCAGCAACGUCGCACGGAGGUGGCGGUGGCGUGACGGGGCGCCUUGGCAGUCUGCGCCGGGCUCCGCCGCGAGCGCGUGUGUCGUCCGCGCCCUCGCUGUCGUUGAAGACGGACGACGACGACGACGACGGUCUGCCGUGCAAGGCGUCGGAUAUGUUUAGUGGGGCCAAGACGGUGCACCAGACCACGAACGGGCUCGCCGUGGCGCUCAACUACAGCCCCGUGGCGUUCUUUGCAGCUCCGCACGUCGCGUGUGCGGCGGGCAUUCAGAUGGAGGAAUGCACGUGA